AUGCAGUCAGGUCUUGGUAAAAAUUCACUGUCUAUAUGUUACUGUUGUCUUCUAGUGAGACCAGGACAUGUAAGUUGUCCUCUAGUGAGACCAGGACAUGUAAGUUGUCCUCUAGUGAGACCAGGACAUGUAAGUUGUCCUCUAGUGAGACCAGGACAUGUAAGUUGUCCUAUAGUGAGACCAGGACAUGUAAGUUGUCCUCUAGUAAGACCAGGUCAUGUAAGUUGUCCUCUAGUGAGACCAGGACAUGUAAGUUGUCCUCUAGUGAGACCAGGACAUGUAAGUUGUCCUCUAGUGAGACCGGGACAUGUAAGUUGUCCUCUAGUGAGACCAGAAAAUGUAAGUUGUCUUCUAGUGAGACCAGGACAUGUAAGUUGUCCUCUAGUGAGACCAGGACAUGUAAGUUGUCCUCUAGUGAGACCAGGGCAUGUAAGUUGUCCUCUAGUGAGACCAGGUCAUGAAAGUAGUCCUCUAGUGAGACCAGGACAUAUAAGGUGUCCUCUAGUGAGACCAGGACAUGUAAGUUGUCCUCUAGUGAGACCAGAACAUGUAAGUUGUCCUCUAGUGAGACCAGGACAUGUAAGGUGUCCUCUAGUGAGACCAGGACAUGUAAGUUGUCUUCUAGUGGGACCAGGACAUGUAAGUUGUCUUCUAGUCUGA